UCGCGCGCGAGUCGCCUAUUCUCCGCGGACGAGAACGACGUGCGACUCGGUCCGGGCUGCGACGACGAUCGACGACUGCCGUGAUGAAGAGGACUCCGGAACCGGGACCGACGCUGCAGCAGCAGCAAACGUCCCAGCCGGCGCACUCCUCAUCGGCACACCGAAGAAAUGAGGCAGCGGAUGAGAGCGACCUGGAUGAGAAAGACGAAACCAAGAGGAAGUCGCGUAACCUCAGCGAAAAGAAAAGGCGCGACCAGUUCAACAUGCUCAUCAACGAGCUCUGCUCAAUGGUGUCCACGAGUUCGAGGAAGAUGGACAAAUCCACGGUGCUCCGUGCCACCAUCGCUUUUCUCAGAGCCCACAACGAUGUGUCUAUACAAAACCAGGAUCAAGAAAGCCAAGAAAACUGGAAGCCCUCGUUCCUGUCGAACGAAGAAUUCACACACUUAAUGCUCGAGUCUCUCGAGGGCUUCUUACUCGUACUUUCGCUGAGCGGUCAAAUCCUGUACACUUCGGAGAGCGUGGCAUCUCUACUCGGCUAUCUGCCCCACGAACUACACAACAUAUUUAUUCUGGAUAUCUUACACGAAAGCGAUCAUGGCACCAUGUGCGAACUGCUCAGCUCCGCAUCUUCACAAGGAGCCGGCAUAAUCCGCCAAGACGGCACGCAGGAAACCUACGUGAGUGUGGAUCUCUAUAUGAAGAGAGGGAACCUUGGCUCAACAGACUCAAAUGCGAGAUACGAACCAAUGAAUCUCAAAGGAACGUUCCUAACUGCGGUGGGAGAUGGCUUUCCUCUGGGUGGCUUGGAGUACGACUCGAACAGCUGUAGCAGCGCGUGCUCUCCCAACACGGGCUCGGCCGAGCUGGCGGCGCCCUGCCUGGUGGCCAUGGUGCGGCUGCAGACGCCGCAGCUCAUGCACGAGCUCAUCCUGUGCGACGGCUCGAGGAACGAGUUCAGCUCGCGACACAGCCUCGAGUGGAAGUUCCUCUUUUUGGACCACAGGGCACCUCCCAUAAUCGGGUACCUGCCAUUCGAGGUUCUCGGAACAUCUGGGUACGACUACUACCACGUCGAGGACCUCGAAAAAGUGGCGGCUGGUCAAGAGGCCUUGAUGCAGACGGGCGAAGGCACGUCCUGCCACUACCGCUUCCUGACCAAGGGCCAGCAGUGGAUCUGGCUGCAGACGCGCUACUACAUCACCUACCACCAGUGGAGCUCCAAGCCAGAAUUCGUCGUGUGCACACACACUGUAAUGAGCUACGACGAGGACCUGACUCACAGCAAGGCUACGCCAACCAGCGGAGUGUCGGCGGCGUCGUACUCGCGGACUUCAGUGCCAACCCGCAUGUCUUACCAGAGCUCGCGGGUGUCCUCCGCUCCCUCAGUCAGCUCCAGGGACAGCCUGUCUCCCAACCUGUCCGAAAAGUCCGGAUGCGCUGGUGGAGUGAUGCGGGACGAGCGUGCAAGCAGCGCCGGAAGCUGCGGCAACCAGCUGUCGCUGCCGUUCACCGAGGCGUGCACCAUAACGCGCGAGUCGCCGACGAUGGGGCGACUCGUGGCGCUCGCCUCAGAGCCGACCUCAUCGUCGUCGUCGCACCUUCAGCACGAGCCCAUGGACCAGCGGCCGUCGUACCAGACCACCACGGCGUGCCACGCACCGCUCAUCACGCUCACCACGUUGCAGCCCAUCGCGGCCACCUUCGCCGGUUCCACUCAGGGUGGCACGGCUACGGGUGCCAGUGCGGCGGUGCUGCAACCGGGGAACCUCUCGGCGUGCCUGGAAAACGAUCAGCAGAUCAGCCCGAGGUCCAUGCACUCACAGCCUCAGGGGCAGGUGUCGCCACUGCCGCCGCAUCAGCAGCAGCAGCAACAGCAGCAGCAACAGGCCGGUGGGCAACAACAGCAGCCACAGCAGGACCAGUUCCAGGAUUACCUUCGGCGCAGGCACCAGGCACUGCAGCAACAGAUCCUCAGGCAGCAGGAGGAACUGAGGAGGGUCUCCGAGCAGCUGAUGCUUGUGCACUUCAUCAACCCCAACCUGGCAGCCACUGUGACGAGUGGCAACGCUCCCCUUUACACGCUGUCCCUGCCAACGACGACACUGUCGGUGCCGACGUCUACGAUGGCCGGUCCGGCGACUGCGCUGACGCCGACGCCUUAUUUGCUGGCCACGGCGCCCGCUGGUUGUAUGGGCAACUCCCUGCAGCAAACGCAGACACAGCAGCUGCAGCAACAUCAGCAACAGUCGCUACAACAGCGGCAGCAACAUCAGCAACAACAUCAGCAGGAGCAGCAACAGCGACAGCAACAGCAUCAGCAGGACCGCCAAAACUUGGGCUUCUUGGGAACUGUUCCUCCGGCAUCCGUUGCUCCGGUGUACCCGCUCCAGCUGCCUGCGGACCAAAUGAUAUUCACUUCGAAUUUUAGGGCCUCGUCGAACAUAUACAUGGACACUAGCGGCACCAGUAGCGGGGAACAGUAACGACGAGUUGCAUCGUGGUGACACGUGAAUGCGGGGAUGUUCCCGCUGCUUCAUUAAAGAUUAUUACA